AUGGCUGUGAUUUUUGAUGGGUCUCGUCGAGAUGUAGAAGAAAGUUUGGAGAUGUUGACGAUGGAGAAGGAAUUUGAUUCAAAGCUUGUUCUUCAAGGGAAUUCAUCAAAUGGUGAAACUAUAUCCAGAAGCAAGAGCUUCGCAUUUAAGGCCCCUCAGGAGAAUUUCAAGAUCCAGGAUUUCGAGCUCGACAAGAUCUAUGGCGUUGGCUCUUAUUCAAAGGUUGUUAGGGCGAAGAGGAAAGAAAAUGGAGCUGUGUACGCCUUGAAGAUCAUGGACAAAAAAUUCAUCACCAAGGAGAAUAAAACAUCUUAUGUCAAACUGGAGAGGAUUGUUCUUGAUCAACUCGAGCAUCCCGGAGUUGUGAAACUCUUCUUUACAUUUCAAGAUACAUUCUCACUAUAUAUGGCACUUGAAUCUUGCGAAGGUGGGGAACUUUUCGACCAAAUUACCAGAAAAGGUCGUCUGUCAGAGGAUGAAGCUCGGUUCUACAGUGCAGAAGUUGUGGAUGCGCUUGAGUAUAUACAUAAUAUGGGUCUCAUACAUCGAGAUAUUAAGCCGGAGAAUCUGUUGCUGACUUCAGAUGGACACAUUAAGAUUGCUGAUUUUGGUAGUGUAAAGCCAAUGCAAGACAGCCAGAUCACAGUACUUCCCAACGCGGCUUCCGAUGAUAAGGCGUGUACUUUCGUUGGGACAGCUGCAUAUGUUCCUCCUGAAGUACUCAAUUCCUCUCCAGCAACUUUCGGAAACGAUCUCUGGGCACUCGGCUGCACACUGUACCAAAUGCUUUCAGGAACUUCUCCAUUCAAGGAUGCAAGUGAAUGGCUGAUUUUCCAAAGAAUCAUAGCGAGAGAUAUAAAGUUCCCAAAUCAUUUCUCAGAAGCAGCAAGAGAUCUCAUCGACCGGUUGCUGUCUUUGCUCAUCAGGGAAACACAAGUCUUGAGCUCUGGCACACUCUCUCAGGAUACAGAUCCUAGUAGAAGACCAGGAGCUGGAUCAGAAGGUUAUGCUUCUCUUAAGAGACAUCCUUUCUUCAAAGGAGUUGACUGGAAAAACCUAAGAUCACAAACUCCUCCAAAACUAGCUCCAGAUCCUUCGUCUCAGACAGCAUCUCCCGAGAGGGACGGUUCUCCAUGGAACCUAACACACGUUGGAGACGCUUCGGUCAUGCAGAACGAUGGGCACGGUGGACUCUCUUCAACUUCUGAAUCCUCAGGUUCCAUAACCAGGCUUGCCUCCAUAGACUCUUUUGAUUCGAGAUGGCAACAGUUUCUUGAACCGGGAGAAUCGGUUCUAAUGAUAUCAGCAGUGAAGAAGCUACAGAAGAUCACAAGUAAGAAGGUGCAGCUAAUACUCACCAACAAACCAAGACUGAUCUACGUCGAUCCAUCAAAGCUUGUUGUAAAAGGGAACAUAAUCUGGUCUGACAACUCCAACGACCUCAAUGUUCAAGUCUCAAGUCCUUCACAUUUCAAGAUUUGCACACCGAAGAAGGUUUUGUCGUUUGAAGACGCGAAACAACGAGCUUUGCAGUGGAAAAAGGCAAUCGAAACUCUUCAAAACCGUUGA